AUGCAUCAAAACGAGCAUUUCAAAGGGGUUACUUCUAAAAAAGCUAUACGAGAUGAAAGCUACAUCGAGAGAGUUUUAUGGAUGAAACUCCCUCUUUUCCUCAAAAGGAAAAGUUGGAUGCUCCUCGCCACGUCUUCUGCAACAACACCUCUCCUCGUCGUCGACGUCGCCAGUCGUCGUCGUCGUCGUAACAACACGAAAGCGAUGACAACGUCGUCGUCAUCAUCAUUCCAAAUGGGUCGCGAUACCUUACGCGUCGACUUUGAACUUCACCGAGAGAAUCGAUUGCGAUUGGCGCAGGCGAUGGAAGAGAAAAUCAACGCGGAGAAGAAGAAGACCAAGAAGGAACGUAACCUCGUCUUGGUGGAAUCCGGGAAGCAAACGCAGAGAUACGGCACGGACAACGAACCUUUGUUCAGACAAGAGUCGUAUUUUCACUGGAUGUUUGGCUGUCGCGAGAGCGAUUGUUUCGGAGCGCUCGACGUGGAGAAAAAGAAAGCAAUAUUGUUCGUCCCUCGGUUACCGGACGAGUACGUCGUUUGGAUGGGGAAACCGCUCUCGAACGAGGAGUUAGCGUCAAAAUAUAAAAUAGAAGAGGUGCGAUAUGCGGACGAGUUAGAGGCGUAUUUAGAGGAGGAAGGAGUUACGGCGCUCGUGCACGUGUUGAGCGGAACGAAUACGGAUUCGGGUUUGCCGACGUUGAAAGCGAACGUUCCUUCUUCGUCUAAAGUAGAAAUAGACGAAUCCAUCUUGUUCGAAGAGAUUACGCUGUUGCGAACGUUGAAAACAAAAAGAGAACAGGAAGUUUUGGAAUACGCUUCGAAAAUUUCCUCUCAAGCGCACGUCGCCGCGAUUAAAAGUUUACAGCCGGGAACUAUGGAGUAUCAACUGGAGGCGGCGUUUUUACACCACAUUUAUAACCAAGGCGGAAUGAGAUUCAGCAGUUACCCGUCAAUCUGCGCGAGUGGAAACAACGCGGCUGUACUUCACUACGGCCACUCCGGCGCGCCGAACGAUAAAGAAUGUAAAUCGGGAGAAUUAGUUCUGAUGGAUAUGGGAGGUGAGUACCAUUGCAUGUGCGCAGAUAUCACGACGACCGUCCCGGUGAGUGGAAAAUUUACCUCCGACCAAAAGAUUUUCUACGACGGCGUUUUGCAAGCGCACAAGGACGUUCUGGCAAACAUUAAGCCUGGCGCAGUUUGGACUGACUUGCACCUGCUCGCGGAACGAAGUAUUUUAUCCAUGCUCCAAAAGUUAAACGUCCUCAACGAGAGCUCGAGCAUGGAAGAAAUGCUCGAAAACAGAGUGUGCGCGGUUUUCAUGCCGCACGGUUUGGGGCAUUUACUCGGCAUCGACACGCACGACGUCGGCGGUUACGGUUUACGAAAUUCUCGAGAUCGAAUUUUAAAACCAGGCUUGAAAUCCUGUCGAACCGCGAAAGCGCUCGAGGAAAAUAACGUCAUGACGGUCGAACCCGGGUGCUACUUCGUCGACGCGCUCAUAGACGACGUCAACAUGAGCGAAAACGUCAAGAAGUGCAUAAAUUUCGAUACCAUCGAUAAAAAGUUCCGAGGAUUUGGCGGGGUACGAAUAGAGGAUAACUUAGUCGUCACCAAAACCGGAUGUAAAAGUUGGACGAACGUUCCGAGAGAAACCGAGGACAUCGAAAGAGUCAUGAGCGGCGAACUCGUUUGGCCUUAA